GUUAGUGGGUUUGAAGGAGAUGCCUAUCAGUCAAGCUUUGCACACACCUACUUUGUACUAGAACAGUGAGACACAGGCGAAAUUAGUAGUUUACUAUGACAAUUCUGGGAGAUAGAGAAUCCUAGCACAUCACAUAAGCGACCCCUUCUAAAUCCUGAUGAACAAUGUGCAUUAGAACAGGUGGAAAAGUCCCUUAAGUAUUGGGAUGGAAGAUACCAAGUAGCACUUCCAUGGAAGCAAGACGUUUCUAACCUACCAGACAAUUAUGACAUGGCCCUUCGGAGAUUGUACAACACGGAGAAACGUUUACUGAAGAAUCCAGAGAUCGCAGCAGCCUACACGGAAAGCAUCACUCAAUAUUUGGAGAAGGGCUACAUUUGUAAAGUCGACCCAGCCGAAGAAAAACCUGCGAGGAAAUGGUACCUUCCACACUUUCCUGUUGUGAGACUGGACAGAACCACAAGAAAGACUCGCAUCGUGUUUGAUGCCUCUGCGAAGUUUGGAGGAAUCUCCCUCAAUGACGUCAUUUAUCAAGGACCGAAAUUGCAGAGAGAUUUAAACGACGUUUUACGUCGAUUCAGAAGACACCCUGUUGCACUCAUUUGUGAUAUCGCUGAGAUGUAUUUGAGAAUUGAAGUUGCACCUAAGGACCGAUCAUUUCAACGGUUCGUAUGGAGAUCUUUGGAUCAGCUGAGAAAACCAGAAGAGUACGAGUUCAACCGAGUCGUGUUUGGAAUUAACUUAUCACCCUUCCAAGCUCAAUUUGUCUCCCAAACACAUGCUGAGAAGUACAAGGAUGAGCUACCCUUUAGCUUCAGAGACUGUAUUAAAGUCAACGUAUAUGGAUGACAGUAUGGACUCGGUGUUGGACGACAGUCAGGGUAUGGAGUUAUUCAAGGAGUUAGAUAAGCUGUGGAGCAAGGCAGGAAUGCACGCUCGUAAAUAGUUGUCCAAUUCACCCCAGGUUCUAAAAAAGAUACCGAUCGAGGACAGAGCAUCCGAGGUAGACAUCAACAAGGACCCCCUACCAACAGUGAAGACUCUGGGAAUCAGGUGGCUUCCAGAAGAAGACGUGUUC